GAACCGUCACAAGGAUAACAUCGGGAUUCUGCCAAACGGCUCGGAAAGGACACACACUGCUGGUUGUGGAUGUUUUUCGGAAUCACUAUUUCCGUGUUCGUGAAAUCUUGACUCUGUGCUCGCUUGUAUUCAAAGUGUGUGACCUGAAACGAAUUUUGUUGGAAAAGACGUUAAAGCAAUAAUUAAGCUUUUAAGCAAGUAAAGUGUGUGCUUGUGUUGGUGUGCUGAAUAGAAAGCAGCUUGUGUUUGUGUGCGUGGUUGUGAGAAAACCCAACCGAUAUGGCGGUCGGAUAUAAUGCCAGAGAGGACGAGGAGGCUGCCGUCCCGAAGUCGUCCCCAUCCUCAACCAUUCAUGGUAGCAGCAACAACAAUCAACCGGAGCCUCUGCACGGUUCCACCGCACCGACCGGUCUGUCGGUGAACGAACAGAACGACGUGCAGCUGGUGAUCGCGACACUUCAGGCCAGACAUUUGAUGCGCCGGAUCAUCUCCAAUCUGUUAGCCCAUGCGCUGCUGUACGGCGGCUCGGCCAAUCCCGACCAUCCUAGACCGUGCCCGGACUGUGUGCUGCUGGUGCUCCUGUUCGAUUACUACAUUUAAAGUUGAACUCCACUCCCUGUUGUUCAUCAUGUGGUUGCGAUGGUAUAGUCCCACUUAGACAGAAACGAGAUAGAGAGAGCGGACAAAUUUCCCAUUUUCUUUACCGAUCCGAUUGCUCGCCGACCGGAUUGGCGGCUCAUCAACAAGGACUGUGAUAAUGAUAAGAAGGGUUCAUGUUUUCUCUGCUUUCCCGUACGGCUCCUUCAAAAAAAAAAAAUCUCUCGAUCGUGAGCGAGGCUGUACAGAAAAGUUAUGAGGGAUAUGGGAUGGGAAGCACUAAGUAAACAUGCAAGCCAACAGGUUAACGAUAAAUUUGAAACAAUUAGCUAUUGUAAUACAAUGUAAAUUUCGUAUUAAAGAUUCGUUUGUGACGAGGCAGUGGGAAAUGAGUGUGUGCUUUGUCGUAGUUUCGUCGAAUCGCUUUUUUGGGUUAAUGCGCAUGUAAUUGUUUGGUGGAUGUGUGUGAAUGCGCUCCUGCAUUACAUCUGCGUCUGUGCUACCGUUUUUCGUCUGCAAACCAAAUAAAUUGAGUGUUUUUGAA